AUGUUUACUUCUGAUCCUUGGACAAAAAGUAAGUAUGCAAAGGAACAAGUUGGGAUCAAGGUGAAGACAAUCAUUUUGAGUGAUGAGAAUUUUUGGCAAUCGGUUAUUAGUUGCCUGAAAAGUGUUAUUCCGAUAGUGAAAGUACUGAGACUUGUGGAUGGAGAUGACAAACCGGGAAUGGGAUACAUUUAUAAGGCUAUUGACAAGCCAAAAGAACAGAGUCAGGCCAAUUUCAAGAACGUGAAGCGUAGGUAUGAGGUUUACAUGAAAAUUAUUGAUUUGAGAUGGAACACACAACUCCAUGGACCUCUUCAUGCAGCAGCUGGAUACUUUCUUAAUCCUCGACUUUGCCCAAAUAUUGAUGUCAAACUUGGAUUUUAUGAUGCCAUCAAAAGAAUGUGCCCAUCAUCGGCAGCGGAAAGGUGCAAAAUUGAUGGACAAAUAGAUUUAUUUACUAGUGCCGGGGGAUGUUUGGUCAUGAGAUGGCUAGGGAGAUUAGAGACAGAAAACAUCCAGUCAUAUGGAGAUUCUGCUCCCGAGCUCCAAAGAGUUGCUGUUUGUAUUUUAAGUGCCACAUGUAGUGCUUCUGGAUGUGAAAGAAAUUGGAGCAUAUUCGAGCAGGAAGGAAAAGGAGAUUCUUAUGAUCCAAUAUGCUUGUCAGACGAGGAAUCUGAUGAUGAGUGGAUCACUGAGAAAGAUGGUGCUUCUUUUCAAACAGAUCCUACAUGGAUGGAUGUGCAUGAUUGGUUUCAAAUUACGGAAGUUGAAGCAAAUAAAAAGAAACGAAAAAGAGGUUUGUAA